UCCCAGAGUGAAAUUAACUCCAGAAAAAAUUUAUAUUUUAAAAUUAAGAUCGGAGUAGACGUGGAUUAAAAUUAAAUCCACGUGGCUCCGAAAUCGCAAUUUGAAAAAAAAAUUUCAUUUUCACUUCGUAUGCAGAAGGAUUUUUUUUAAACUCCGGAACUCCGAGUGACAGAAUGAAUUCAAAUUGAAAUGAAAUCCGUAUCCACUCUUAAUUUUUUACAGAGUAAAUAAAUAUGAAUCGUCUGUGAUUAUCAAUCGAUAAUCUUGUGAUCCUGGACAUUAAAUAAUUAAAGAAAACUUUUCCUACUCUAGACAUUACAUAGUAAGAUAUUUAAUUUAAAAUUAGUACAGACUUUUACACUAGACUCUUGGCACCACAUAAACCCGAGUAUAAGUAAGAGUAAGUAAGCGCAAAAAGGAGUAAUAAAGCGGAAACGUGUGUAUAACUUUCCAAGUAAGAUUGUAAGAUGGUCCAUUCAGGUAAGAGAUCUAUUACAAGUCACAUCAACUUCUCUGCCUGAAUUAUUUUUAUUUAUUUAUUUACAGUUUUAACUUUUAUAGUAUUUUAAUUUAUUAUUUUGUUGUGUUUGAUUUAAAUAAUCAGUGCAGUGAUUUUAAAAUUAAAUAUUUAAAAUAUGUAAAUAAUUUCGACUCAAAAAAUAUAAAUAAAAUGAAUUUUUGGAGUAAUUUAUUUAUAAUAUAUUUAGUAUUUAAUAAAGAAAUAAAAGCAAUUAAACAUCAACCGAAGUGCGGUAAUCCCGCAGUUACACAUCGUCAGCCGCGGAGUGUCCUGGAGACGCCGAUCGAAGUUCCGGAACCGCGGAGACUCAGCACCGCGAGAAUAACCGGAAGGAUAUUCAAUGGGAAGCCAAGCAAACGAGGUUCCUGGCCCUGGCAAGCUUCACUGCAGCUCAUGCACCCAAAAAUGGGUUUCAUCGGCCAUUGGUGCGGGGGAGUACUUGUUGAUCCCUCAUGGAUCCUUACUGCCGCUCAUUGUAUUCACAAUGAUUUAUUUAAUUUACCAAUCGGCGCGUUAUGGACGACAGUACUCGGCGAAUGGGAGUUAGAUUCCGGUAAUCGCGGGUCAGUGCGAAUUCCUGUUGAACGAGUUGUAAUACAUGAAAAAUUUGAUAAUUAUAAUCAUGAUAUUGCCCUGAUGAAAUUAAGUAGACCAGCUCCACUUUCAAAAAUAAUCCGAACGAUCUGUCUACCCGAACCAGAAACAGAAAAGAAACUCUCAGACACAAAUUGCUUUACUUCCGGCUGGGGUCGAUCUGGACCAUCACCUUCAUUGUCUGUCGCACUCUUAGAAGCCAGUAUUCCUUUACUGACUCUAGAGGACUGCAAAAAAGCAUACGGUAAUUCGGUGCCUCUACGAAAUGGUCAUCUCUGCGCUGGAAAUACCGACGGCUCUUCUGGGUCUUGCGUGGGCGAUUCGGGUGGUCCACUGCAAUGCAAACGUGCCGAUGGUGUCUGGCAGUUGGCCGGUAUCACAUCCUUUGGCUCAGGAUGUGCUAGACCAGGUUUCCCAGAUGUUUACACCAAAGUCCAACAUUACACCGAGUGGAUUAAAAGUACCAUGAGCAGCAAUGCCGACACUUGAUAAUUAUAUUUAAAUAUUUAAAUAUUAACUUAAUGUUGUCCUUAAUAAUUUAAUAACUAAAUUAAGUAUGUAAAUAAUAGUGUACAUAAAUUUUUUAUAUAUGAUAAAUAUAAGAGGAAUUUAAGGAAAAAAAAAAGUAUUAAUAAUAAUAAUGAUUAAUUUUACGGAACAAAAAUCAAUGGGCGAUUAUGUUUACUUUCCAAUACAAUUUUCAAAGUGAAAAGUCUACAGAUUAUAAUAUGAUAAAUAUAUAUAAAUCUAUAAAUAUAUAUAUUGUGGUUGUCUUGACUCUUGUCUUGAGGAUCCUAGUUUUCCAAACCGUUAAUCUUUAACGAUACUUUCACGUUUGUUCGAGUAUAUAAAUAAAAUUAUAAUAAUAUAUUAUAAUAAUAAGUACAUAUUUUAAGUAAUUGUUUAAUUAUUUAUAAUCUUUAGUAUUUAAAUAUGGUAUUUAUUUUUAUUGCAUACUUUGUGAUUUAUUUUGUUGUUUUUAUAACAACUACAAUUUUGUUUUGUAUAAAUAUUUAUAGUUAUAAAUAAAUAUGAAAUGAAAGAGAGGAUUUUAAAUUCCGAUAUGGUAGAAAUUUAACUUUACAUAUUGUUGUGUGAAAUAUAUAAGAAAGCUAAUUUAUAUACAAAGUGAAGCUUUGGAUAAAUUGUUUUUUUAACAUAAAAAUAGGAUUGUUUUAUUAUUAGAACCGGCGCAGGGCUUAAGAAAAUAUCGAUGGAAUUAAAAAUAAAUUCGUAAAACUUUCUAUUGUAAUUCAAAUUUAUGAUUUUUUUUUUUUUGAUUGGACUAAACACGAAAAUUAAGGCAUCAGAUGGAUGUCUGUAGGCCUCGGAGGUAUCAGACGUCUUUUGGAAGAACGUUAGUUCAUAAAAAUGAGUAAAAAAAAAUUCUUUUUUGACAAUUUUUAAUUUUCAUAGCCGGAAGUUAAAAAGAAAAGUUAUUAAUUUCGGUCGGAAUUUCAAAAAUUGGGUUUUCAUCAGAUUUCGAUGUUUUGAGGUCCUGGGAAAUUAUUAUGACUAUUUCCGGAUGGACGUCUGUGUGUGUGUGGGUAUAAAUUUAUGUGUGUGUGUGUGUGUGUGUGUGCGUGUGAAUAAAUUUUUAUUGUACGAUAUCUUUGGAACGAAUCAAUCGAUUUGCACGUGCUCGGGAGUAAUCGAUAGGGCCCAUCAAGAUUUAGAUCUGAUUAGAUUUCGAAGUCGACCGGUCGAGUAAUUUACGAAAUAUAAGAAAAGUAAAACUUCAAAAUUAUCAUGCUUCAAAAUUCAAAACUUCAAAAUUUUCACAGCUCAUAACUCGAUCUGCCUGAGCUUGAAAGCAGCGGGAAAUUUCGGGAUCCUUCCACAGGGUCAACUGUUUUUAGAUUUUUGUUCUGCAAUUUCAAUUUUUUUAAAUAAUAAAAAUUUUGGUACUCGCUACUGUCAAUUUAAAUUAAAUGUUAAUUAAAUUGUAGAUGCAUUCAACUGAACUAUUCAAUUAUAUGUACAUACACUUGAUACAUAUAUUGUCAAAGUUUGUAGCAUAUAGACUAUAAUUGAAUCUUGAAGUCAAGCAAAGCACUUAGUACCGUAAAAAUCAUAAAUGUCAACACUCUUAAUGUUUUGUUUAUGAAAAUUUAAUAAAAACUGAUUUUUUUUAAUUCAUUGUUUAUUAUUUUGUGUAAAAAAUAUUAAAUACUUCG